AUGGCUCACUCCAUCACAGUCCCCUUCUGGCCCACCUCAGGUGACUGCCUGAGCUGGUCACAGGACAAUCAAAUCGCUGUCGUCGGAGGCGAACAUGUCGCGAUCCUCUCGCCUAAGCUCACGACUGGCGGACAGCAUUCUCCACAGUGGCAAACUACUCUCGUCAAGAUCAAUGGCUUCACGGCAACCGAAAUACCACGAAAGGAUCCACUGAGUACCAGACACUUCUCAAUUGGCGAGGAACUAUCAAGGCGCGAAGCUAUUGGUGCAGCGUGGUCGUCUCCAGGACUGGCCAAACAUAAGCGAUGUGCUCUCGCAGUGCUCACUGCAAAUCACGUUCUCUCAAUAUGGGAGGCGGACGGCCCGUCAGAGAGCAGCACAAGCUGGAAACGCAAAUUGAUCAUCAACCACGCGGUUCAGAAGUACUACGAACGCAAUGAGCGUCAAUUCAGUGGUGAAAGGAAAUUUGACUCAGCUGAGCAACGCCAGGUUCAACAGCGUAUAAGAGCUUUCACCUGGAGCCCGGCUUUGCGUGGCAAGCAACUGGACGAUAACGUCAUGGCUGCUGCCGUGGAUUGGGGAGACCACUUCCUGGCGGUGGCCACCGAAGGCGGACACAUGCUGCUUAUCCAUGUCCAGUCCCCACACACGGACUAUUCCACUAGCUUUGAGUGGAAAGCAGCAGUAUGCUCGAGAUUGAACAUAGCAACAGGAACGAUACCGGCACCUUCUGAAGAUGCUAGGGCACGUUCAGAGACCGCCGACUACGUUUCGUGGGGAGAAUGGAGACCUGAUCCAAAUAACCCAGCAGAGAACUACAGUCUCGCACCACUGGCUUAUGUAACAAACGGACAGCUCUUCACCACACUGAUACGCGGCUCGCUGGAUGUAAAUGGAGCUCUUGUAGAAGCUCUGGAUCAGCCUAAGCGCCACUUGCAGGGUCGCACUGGUAUCAUUGGACCUUUGCAAUUUGUUCCUGGUACUGAUUCCUGCCGCAUCAUCGCAUUUGGUGACGAUGAGGUGCUGAGCGCUGGCUUGGAUUCCGGAGAGGUGAAUUGCCAUGGCUCCUCGUAUCACCUCGGUGGAAGAUGGGAUAAUGUCUCGAGCCUAGCAUUUACUUCAGACCAGGAGAACAACAUCCACGCCCAUUUCGUCUCACAACUCUCGAGUGCGCAGCCACAUACAUCUGCUCUGACCUUAUCUUCGAAUCAAAGCACCAUUGGUGCUGUGUUCCGACCGGCAUGGCAGGAUUCUAUUAUGCAUUCGAGAAGGAUAUUUGGCGAAAGAAAUGGCACAAGAGACAACGUUCAGGAAAGGGCUUGGGGCAUUGCGUCCUCUCCUGCUGGCGAUUCUAUCGCAAUUUGCAUUACCUUACAUCCUUCGAAUACGAUUUGCCAGACCAGUCUGGCGGAUCAGUCCAGCGUGCUCAAUAUCCCCCGAGAACACCGAAAAGAGGGAAGUAUCUUGCCAGCUAGUAGCGUCAGUGGAAGUUCAUCCACCGAGACUCUGCUACACGGACUGCAGGAUCAUCUUGAGCGAUGUCGGCCGCCUGAUCGAGAUUCGUUGAUGGACCAGCUUGUAAAGCUGCUUCCAAGAAGAGGUAUGCAUUAUCAUUCUUGAUCCAUGCCGUAUAGGUGGAAACGCCUCUAAUCACUUCACAGUCGAUACACCUCCACAGACAGGCAGUUCAAGGGCUGACGUAGCUGGAUUCACUCCAUUGCUGGUCCGCCAGGUGAGACUGGCCAUGUACAGCUACCCUGCAAUGCGUACCGCUCGUGCGAACAAUCUAAUCGAGAUCGCAAUGGGAAAUACCAGAACGCGAGACGAAGCAAUGCGUAGCAUUACACAACAACUCACGACCGUAAUGUCACGCUUGUCUCGUGACAAACUUGCCACAGACGACCCCCUCAGCGCUGCUAUCAGAAAGGUACGACACCUCUUGAGCCACUCCCAGGUCUCCCAACACUCUUCUGCUUCAAUAACUCUGAGAUGUUUACUGAGUUCAUGUACUUUUGCGCGGCAGGUGUUUCUUGCCAUCUCCAAGCAACUUAACUCAACAUCCGACAUCGAGAAUGGCUACGAAGCGCCUGAGCGUUGUCAAACCUGCGAAAGUGACAUACCUUUCGAAAGCAUGGAGUGGGCAAAGUGCGCUUCGGGGCAUCAGUUUCAACGAUGUUCGUUAUCUUUUGUUGCACUGCAAAAGUCCGGAACGACGAGGUCCUGCGUUAUCUGUGGAUUGCAAUGUCUCGGGAACGAAGUUCUCCCUCGUCACAUGAUAGCAACCUCCGCGGGCGAUGUCGAGAUGUCGGAGUUGCCAGAUCCGGAAGCCGGCCAGUCUAUUGCAAAUGGCGACACCUGGGUUGAAAUCAGGCGCACCCGUCAACCAGAAAAGCCCACGUUGGGAUGGCUUUUGUUUUCUGCGUGCGACCUCUGCCUUUAUUGUGGCGGAAAAUUCGUCGGCUAG